GUCUCCUGUCGAUCGUCGGAAGUAGCAACCACGCACCAAGCUCUGAGGCUGAGCUUUCAUUAAAUCGGCUUCUCCCCUCUCAUGUUCUCUGCUCCCACCACGCACCAAGUACCAACGCAACGCAACGCCCGCGGCAGGGCACAAACCCGCAAUGGCGACCUCGUCGCUUUCUUGCUCCUCCUCCCUCGUCUUGAUCCUCCUCCUCGUCGCCGUCACGCCGGUCCCGGGCGCCUCCGAGCGACGCCUGCCCAUCACGACCACCGUGACCAAGUGCUACCCAGCGACCAACGCCACCAACAGCACCGCGUUCAGCGCCGACGUGCUCUCGCUCCUCGCCGCACUCCCCGCCGCCGCCGAGCCCACGGGCUUCGCCACCCUGCGCUCCGGCCACGCGUUCGCGCGGGGCCUCUGCUUCGACUACGCCGCGCCGUCCGUGUGCCACCGGUGCCUGUCCCUGGCGGCCAAGAACCUCAACCUCACCUCAGGCUGCGGCGCCAACAGCCACAGAGCCGGCAUCUGGAGCGACGGCUGCUUCCUCUCCUACGCCGACAACAAUGCCACCACGGCAAGCGAGGACGCCCUGCGCCCGCGCGUCAUCUCCGGCGCCGACCCGCAAGGCGGCAGCGCCUCCUACUCCGAGCUGCAGCGGCUCGCCUCCGUCGCUCAGUUCCUGGCGGCGCCCGCGGCCGUCAACGACAGCAUGCUGGCCACCGUGAACGCGACCGCCGUGUCGUGGGACUACGCAGCUAGGAGCACGACGCGAGUUCUGGCGCAGUGCGCGAGGGACCGCACGGCGGCGGAGUGCGACCGGUGCCUCGAGUACUCGGCGCUGGUGGCCGCAAGCUGCUGCUGGGGACUCGACCCUUGGCGUGACGGCGUGGCGGCCGCCGUCCUUGGAUUCAACUGCUACCUCCGCUUCGAGGUCUCCACCGAACGGGUGCCCCUGCGACAGAGGAUCGGAAUGGUGGUGAACCAUUAUCCUUUCACAACCACGGUGUUGUUCGCACUCGUCGUGCUUCUGGUUAUGGGGGGGUUUGGCCAUACUGAUUCGGAUGAUUAAGACUUGCUGGAUGAAGAGAAAGAUCAGGGCCGGCAACAACGCCAGGAAUGCAGCAGCAGCAUCAGCAACGGUGGAAGCACCUCCGGCGCGGGGUGGAGUUGGCGCACGUCCACAGGGCUCAAGCUAGCUAGGAUGGUGAUCUGGGCAAGGAUGGAGGAUCUAGCUAAGCGAUCUGCAGCGACGAAGCGCGUACUCCUACAAGCCCAGGACAAGGAUCAUCUCGUUUCUCUUAACCGUUUGUUGUUAAGCGUACUAAUUAGCCCACCAUUGAUGUGAACCUAGAAGUAACAAUCCAGAAACACGACUGUUGUUUUUCUUCC